AUGGAAACCCACUUUCCCAAGGCAACUAUUGAGGAUGGAAAUUUAGAUACUGCCCAACUAAUAACAAAAUACGGUUAUCCUGUUGAAAAACAUUUUGUUACAACAGAGGAUAAUUAUAUUUUGGGUUUACAUCGUAUACCGAGGCCGGGAGCACCACCAAUUUUUAUGAUGCAUGGUCUAUUGGAUAGUUCGGGGACAUGGGUUAUUAUGGGUCCCAAUAAGGCUCCGGCUUAUUAUUUUUACGAUAAUGGCUAUGAUGUUUGGCUGGGCAAUGCCCGUGGUAAUCGUUAUUCCCGUAAUCACACCACUAUGAAUCCCGAUACCGAUCCGGAAUUUUGGACGUUUAGUUGGCAUGAAAUUGGUUUUUAUGAUCUACCAAAAAUGAUUGACUACGUUCUACAGCAGACAGGUUACAAUAAGACGGGAUAUUUUGGUCAUUCCCAAGGUACAACCUCAUUUUGGGUCAUGUGUUCAAUGCACCCAAGAUAUAAUGAGAAAAUCACAAUGAUGCACGCCCUGGCACCGGUGGCAUUUAUGAAACAUGUCAAGGCCCCCCUGCUGCCCUAUGCUAAAAAUUUUGUUCGCAUGUCCGAAAAAACAAUUAGGGAAUUUAUGCCCAGGACUGAUUUGCUGUGGCGUACAUGUUUGGCCUCACCAAUUACCGAGGGAUCCUGUCUGGAGAUAUAUUAUCAGACUGUGGGUAAAGAUACCGAAACAACAAAUACGACCAUGCUGCCGGUAUUAUUUGGCCAUUUCCCGGCUGGCUGCAAUCUCAAACAGAUCAAUCAUUAUAUGCAGCUAAAUGAAAAUGAUCGAUUUUGUCAAUACGAUUAUGGUGCUAAAGAGAAUAUGAAGCGUUAUGGAAAAUCGACACCACCUGAUUAUCCUCUGGAAAAGGUUACAGCUCCGGUCGGUCUCUAUUACACCUGGAAUGAUAAUUUGUCCAGUGAAGUUGAUGUUAAACGUUUGGCCAAAAUUCUGCCAAAUGUUGUUGAGGAUUGCCUGUAUCCGAAUAAGAAAUGGAAUCACAUGACCAUGUUGUGGGGUACCAAUGCCCGGGAAAUGGCUCAUAAACGGAUGUUGGAAUUAAUGAAGAAAUAUUCUUAUGAAUAA